GGAGGGCUGGACCGGACGUGUCGUCGUUGCGGACUGCGGCGUCUUGACGGAUGUUGCGUCACUGCUGCUUUAAAGGCGAUCCGAGCCGAGCCGAGCCAGGCCGGAACCCGGACCAGACGGACUAAACCCGGACCAGGACCUGGACCCGGACUAGGACUAGGACCUGGACCCGGACUAGGACCUGGACUAGGAUCCGGAGUAGGACCCGGAUCGGAGCCGUUGAUCCGGCCGGAAGCCUCCGGGACGGAUCCGGAUCGUAGCCGAGUCUCGGGUGGCUGAGAGCGGGUCGGAGCCUCCUCGGGUCCCGGUGUUUUUCUCCGUCAUGGCGGACGCCGAGGUCUCCCUGUCCCCGGCCCUGCGGCCGCUCCACCUAAGCCCCUCCCACUCCGCCGCGGCCCCGCCCCCUGCCUCCUCCUCCCCCACCACCUUCUCCUGCCCCUCCUCCCCCUCCAGCGCCUCCUCCUCCUCCUCUUCUUCCUCCUCCUCCUCUUGUUCUGAGAGCUCCUCCGACUGCCCGAACCACCACCAUCAUCAUCAUCAUCAUCAUCAUCAUCACCACCAGCCCCGCCCCCAGCUGCCCCUGCCCCCGCCCUCCAGCGGCGAGCAGCCGUCCUCGCCCAGCGCCAGCCCCCGUAGCUCCUCCCCCAGCGGCAGCAUCGGCAGCACCGGCAGCCUCGGCAGCAGCAGCGAGGGCAUCGGCAGCAGCGGCACGCCGCGAGGACCGAGCCCGCCGCUGGACGUCAUCUCAGAGGACGCCAUGGAGAUGGACCUGGGCGUCGACCAAGUGAUCGACCCUGAAGUGGCUCUGAAGGCGUGUCAGGAGGUUCUGCUGAAGGUCCAGCUGCAGAACAGGGAGGAACAACAACACCUGGAAAACAAACAACAACAGGACGAUCAACAACAACAACAACAACAACAGUACACGGACUCAGAGUGCUCCGGUCCACAGUGGCACAUCAGCCCGGAGACCAGCUCCAUCAAAGAAGAAGAGGAGGAGGAGGAGGAGGUGGAGGGGCGGAGCUCUGGGAAGGAUGCAGAGAAAGAAGGCGGAGCCUCCCAGCGAGCCCCGCCCCCUUCAGUCCGCCCCGAGUCCUCGCUGCUGGCGGCGUCCUCGGCGGCGUCCAAACAGUCGUGGCUGCUGCGUCUGUUCGAGUCGAAGCUGUUCGACGUCUCCAUGGCGAUCUCCUACCUGUACAAGUCGAAGGAGCCCGGCGUGCAGGCGUACAUCGGGAACCGCCUCUUCAGUUUCCCCGACAACGAGGUCGACUUCUACCUGCCGCAGCUGCUCAACAUGUACGUCCACAUGGACACGGAGGUGGGCGACGCCAUCCGGCCCUACCUGAUCCACCGUUGUCGUGGCGGGAUCACCUUCUCCCUGCUGACGGCGUGGCUUCUGGGCGCCUACUCCUCCGACAUGCACAUCUCCACGCAGCGCCACUCCCGCGGCACCAAACUCCGGAAACUCAUCCUGUCCGACGAGCUCAAACCCUCGCCGCCGCCGCCGGACGCCCAGCGGGCGCCGCCCGCCUCCGACAGCCCGGCGUCCUCGCCGUCCCACCGCCGCUGCCACCGGAGGCACAACAGCACCACCGCCGAGCCGUCCUGCCCCGCCCCCGGCUCAGGCCCCGCCCCCGGCACAGGCCCCGCCCCCGGCGAGGCCGAGGCGCUGGUGUCCCCGUCCAGGCGGACCCACCAGAGGUCCAAGUCGGACGCCACCACGGCGAGCAGCGGACCCGGCGCCGGCCUCCGCAGGACAGGAAGUAACCCCAAGGUGGAGGCGGUCCACGAGGAGCCGGAGCGCCUGCGUCCCCAGAGGGAGCUGAUCAAGUCCCUGCUGGUGAUCGGGAAGCGUCUGGCCACUCUGCCCACUAAAGAGCAGAAGACUCAGCGUCUGAUCUCUGAACUCAACCUGCUCAACCACAAACUGCCAGCCAGAGUCUGGUUACCCACGGCAACCAGGCAGCACCACGUCUGCCGCAUCCCACACACACAGGCUGUGGUGCUGAACUCUAAGGACAAGGCCCCCUACAUCAUCUACGUGGAGGUUUUGGAGUGCGAGAGCUUCGAGACGUCUCCUGUUCCGCUGCGGAUCCCGGAGACGAGGAUCCGCUCGGCGCGCUCGGCGGAGAACCUCGACUGCGGCGGCGCCGUGACGGCGGCCAACGCCGGCGGCAGCGUGAUGACAUCAGAGCACCGAGCGGGAAGCUUCUCCACCGUCCCCAACUACGACAACGACGACGAGGCGUGGGCCACCGACGACAUCGGACAGCUGCAGGUCGAGGUGGAGGCUCAGACCAGCUCCUCUGAUAACAUCAGUCAGUUUUCAGUCGACAGCAUCACGAGUCUGGAGAGCAAAGAGCCGGUUUUCAUCGCCGCCGGAGACAUCAGGCGCCGUCUGUCGGAGAACCUGGCUCACACCCCGACGUCGUUCCGCCGGGACCCCGAGGACCCUUCAGCCGUGGCCCUGAAGGAGCCCUGGGAGGAGAAAGUCCGGAGGAUCCGGGAGGCGUCGCCCUACGGUCACCUGACCAACUGGCGCCUGCUGUCCGUCAUCGUGAAGUGUGGAGACGACCUGAGGCAGGAGCUGCUGGCCUACCAGGUGCUGAGGCAGCUGCAGUCGAUCUGGCAGCAGGAGCGAGUUCCUCUGUGGAUCAAACCUUAUAAGAUCCUGGUGAUGUCAUCAGACAGCGGCAUGAUCGAACCCGUGCUCAACGCCGUCUCACUGCACCAGGUGCGUAAACAGUCCCAGCUGUCUCUGCUGGACUACUUCCUGCAGGAACACGGCAGCUUCACCACCGAAGCGUUCCUCACCGCUCAGAGGAACUUUGUUCAGAGCUGCGCAGGAUACAGCCUCAUCUGUUACCUGCUGCAGGUCAAGGACAGACACAACGGCAACAUCCUGCUGGACUCUGAAGGCCACAUCAUCCACAUCGACUUCGGCUUCAUCCUCUCCAGCUCGCCACGCAACCUCGGCUUCGAGACGUCCGCCUUCAAGCUGACGGCCGAGUUCGUCGACGUGAUGGGCGGUCUGGAUGGAGACAUGUUCAUCUACUACAAGAUGUUGAUGCUUCAGGGUUUGAUCGCUGCCAGGAAACACAUGGAGAAGGUUCUCCAGAUAGUGGAGAUCAUGCAGCAGGGCUCCCACCUGCCCUGCUUCCACGGCUCCAGCACCAUCCGAGGGCUGAAGGAGCGUUUCCACAUGUCUCUGACGGAGGAGCAGCUGCAGCUGCUGGUGGAGCAGCUGGUGGACGGCUCCAUGCGCUCCAUCACCACCAAACUCUACGACUCCUUCCAGUACGUCACCAACGGCAUCAUGUGACCACAGCAGCAACAACAACAACAACAACAACAACAACAGCAGCAGCUGAUGUUUGUUUGAUUCCACUGUUUCUCUGCUGGAGAGUUUCACCUCGUUGGGAUUUACUGGAUCAGAUCGAAGCUCCGUUCUGUCUCUCGAGUUCCUCACAGGUUUGUUUUGAAUCUGGCUUGUUGUGCUGCAUUCAGGGCAGCUGGGAAAGUACAGCGCUUCUGACUCUACAAUGGAAACUAGACCGGCGUCAGAAUCAGACUUCUGGUUCAUCAGGGGACAAAUUUAAUCAAGAAACUCAGACUUUUACUGGAUUCGACUGGAUUUGACUCUGAAGCAGCACACGACGAGUGUUCGGACACGAGAAUUUGUCUCGUUGAAGGAAGGAAAUUAUAAUUUGCAUCAAUGACUUUAGUCAUUUAUUGAUUCACAUCGUAGAAACGUCAAUUAUUUUGGAUUUUCAGCUGCUGUUUUCACAUUUUCUGGCCCAAAUCAUCCAUCAGUUCACUGAAGAACAUGAAACACAGGUUCUUCCUUGUUUAAUUGGUCGUUUCGGUCUGAAAUCUUUUAGUCGAAUACUGCAUUUAAACAAAAAAAAAGACAUUUUUUGACAGAAAAACAUCUUAAUCAUGAGAAAUGUUGUAUUUUUUUCAAAAACAUUUAACAGACAUUAAGUAGAUUACAUAAAGAAAAGUCUUAAUUGCAAAAAACUUCCAAUAAUUGUACCUGAAGGCAGCAGCUGGAACAUUGAAUCCUGUGAAUGUGUCAGUCGGUUUUGCCGUCUGUAGGUUUGUUUGUUUGUUUGUUUGUUUGUUUGUUCUUAAAGAACGACAUGAAGUCUGUUGUUUUCUCUGGAUGAUCAGAGAAAACACUAAAGAAAGUAAAGAGACUGAAAUGUUUCUCUUGUUGUCUGAGACCACUUUAUCUUCAGCAGAAUUCCCUGAUUGUUGUUUUAGUUUUAAUUGUUUUCACCAGACAUUUAUCACGACUGUCUUUAAAAAAAAAAAGACGUCAAAUCAGAUUUAAAUUCAGCGUUCUGAACGUUUUCGAAACAUUUUGCAACCCGACUAAACAAGUGAAAUGUUGAGAAAAUAUUCAAUGAACUGCCGUGAAAUAUGAUUUAUUUUCAUGUAGCACAAACAGACUAUCGACAGGGUUAGCUUAACUUUCAGCAUGCUAUGUAUUAGCAUGUUGCUAACUGAUAGCACGCUAACAUUAGCAUGCUAACCGUGUCUCGCUGGGCUUCAGACUUUUUAAACAAAGAACAUAAUUUGCGAUACGAUGGCGUCAUAACAUCCAAUCGUUGCUAGCGUUAGCAUGCUAUAAUCACCGGGUUUUUUUUACUACAAGACAAAAUGGAUAUUUAAAUUAAUCUGCAGCAUUUUCAUGUAACUUUUUGACCCAUAGUUUGCUGUUUUUAUUAAGAGUUUUUGCGCAGUGCCUUCAUACGUUUCGUUGAUGUGACGAGUGUCUGGUGAAAAAAAAAGAUUAAAAUUUGACGCGUCGACUCAUCAGUUUAUUUAAUCUGCAUGUUUGUCACUGAAUCACGUUUUAUUUUGUUUCAGAAAAGGUCCAAAUUUCAUGUUAACAGUAACAAAACUCUACAAAAAGGAGCAUAAAUGUGUGCAGAGUUACAGAGCGGCGGUCAGAUUUACUUGAACGGUUUCCCGCCUUUUUCUUAUUUGAGCGGGAAGAAACGAUUCCUUUGUAACCGAUUUAUGCAAAAAAACCUCCUCGUCCCUGUUCCACUAACUGUAUAUCUGUGUAUAACUGAAUUAAUGUGUUUUGUGUCUGUUUUAACGAUAUUAUAUUUGCAUAUUUAACGCACGCUCGACACGCGCGAGGCGGCGCCGCGGCCGGACGAGAGACUCUUUAAAGUUUAUUUUUCUUCAUGAGGAGAUCAGUUUCCUGAAUAUGUGAAUGUUUUUUAUAACUCAGACGUGUUCUCAGUGUCGACGAGCUUCUUGUCUGAACUUUAACACUUUAAAUGAUGUUGUAACUAAUGUUGGCGACACUUUCAGCGGCUUUAUUCCAGUUAAACACAUGUUUUUAUAUAAAAACACUGCAUUUAUGUCUAUGAGGAGUGUACUCAGAAUCAGAUUAAAAUACUAAUUUUUAUACGCCUUAUAAAGCUCAUGAAUCUAGCAGCUAGUGCUACCAUGACUGUUUCUAGUUAGCUAGAAAAUAAAAGUUUUAUUUUAAAUAUAAUUACAGGAACAAAUGUGAGGUAAAAGGUUAGCAGCAGGUUAGUUAGUGAGUCGAUGCUGUUGUACUCCACGUUUAUAACUACAGCAGAAAAAAUACCAAAAAACAAAUGAAAAACUUUGUCAAGCUAAUAAUUAGUUAGUUAGCAUUAGCUUAGCUGCAGUUAAAGUCGUUUAUAGUUUUCUUAGCUGCUCAAAAAUACAAACAGAAACCGAAGAGCUAGCUGUUAAUCUAAACUAAAGUAUUUUAUUGCAUUUUAUUAAACUGAAGAGAAAGAAAAGUAAACUUAUGGGCUAAUUAGCAUUUUAGACGAGUCAUCGUCAUGCUAACGGCUAACAAACAACAGCAGUUGUGUAUUUAGGUUUUUAAUUUAAACAGCUUCAAACUUGAAAAACUCAUUUUUGCUGGUGUCUGUUUCAUUAUUUUAUAAAAGUUUAUUUUUGGACUAUUUUCAGUUAUGUAGCUUUUGUUGAUGCUACUAACGAGCGACCUAGCUUGUACAACAGCAGUAACUACCGUACGCCUUGAACAGCAACGUUAAUAUAUAUUAUUAAUUAUGUUCAAACUGUUUUCACUAAGAUAAACAUUUUUUUACAAUUUUAUAUAAUCCCAGACUAGUGGUUCUUGUUAGCCGUUAGCUGUUAGCUUGACAAUGACUCAGCUAAAAUUGUCGCUAGCUCCUUUUUUUUCUCUUUCGUCUGUUCAACAUGAUUUUAAUUUUUAAUCUAAGUGUUAGUUCAGUUAGUGAAAGAGCUCAUUAGCUAAUUAAUCACAAAUCUGAACUCUGAAACAGUUAGAAACAAACUGAGGGCGUACGGUUUUCUGUUAGCAUCUUGUUAGCAUCCUGGUGAAAAGUUUACAUUUUAUAAACUAACCAUAAAAUUGUAAAGAUUUAAACUGUUGUACAGGGAGAAUCUACAUACUAAAAUCAACACCAGCAGUGUUUAAAAAGUGCAUUUAAUUAUAAAUAAACUACGACAAAAGCUUUUGUUGUUCUUGUUAGCCGUUAGCUUGACAAUGACUCGGCUAAAACCGCUGCUAUCCAAUUAAAUCUUUCUCCUUUUUUUCCUCCAAAAAAUAAUUUAAUUUGUUUUUUUUUUUGCUAGUCAACAUGAAUACUUUAUAGUAAUUCUAUAAAUAAUAUAAAAUAUAUAAUUAUUGGAGUACAAGAGCAACGACAAGCUAGCUAGUUAGCGACAAACCUGAACAAACGCUAGUUAGCAACUAAACUUAUUUUUAUUUAUUUUAAAAUAUUUUAAUUUCAGUUUAGUUUUUUGCUUAAAUAUUUAUUUGAUUUGAUUUGAAACUUAGUAAUAUUUUUAAGAUAAAAAGUCAAACUUUUUAUUAAGUCAGAUUAUGAAAUAUUAAAUCAUAAAUAUGAAAUUUCAAGUCAUAACUCUCUUAUUUGGGGAAAAAAAUACACAAUAUUUGGCCAUAAAUGUGAAAUAAAGAGUCAAAGUCCAAACUCUCUUAUUUGGAAAAACUUACAAGAAAGUCUUAAAGUCAUAAAUAUGAGAUAAAGUUUCUAAAUUUGGAUUUAUUAUUUCAAAAAUGAUAAAUGAGACAUAAGACAAACGUUUGACAAGAUAAUAAGUCAAAAUGUUUGAACAAAAGCAACUAAAAUUGAUUCUAAAUAAAUUCUAUAAUUAUUUCAGUUUAGUUUAUUUGCUUAUAUUGAUUUUAUUUGUUUGUUUUUUUCCAGCUGUUCUCUGUUUACAUUUUAUAAAGGAACCAUAUAAUUGUAAAGAUCUUAUAAAAACUGGAAUAAAGUCGCGUUCGCUGUCGCGGUUAACGUCUGUACAGUUUGUUUUUGUGUGUUUUGAACCACUAUGGAAGGAAAAGCACAGAUCAUGUUACGUAUGCUAACCAUUAGCCUGCUAGCCGUUAGCACGCUAGCCGUUAGCACGCCACUUUAUACGCCGCCGCCGCUGCUGCGCUUCACGAAGACGCAGCCUUGACUAAAGUUUACCAGAUAAGCAACUUAAAUAGCAAAAUACUCUGUUGUUCUUUCCGUUUGUGAAUAUGUACGUAUGUAAAUGAAGCGAGUUAAAGAAUAAUUAUCUGCCUUGAGAUGUACAGAAGGUACAGAAACUCUUAUCAAUGCAAGCGGAGAGGAGAGGAAGGGGCUAAAGUGCUUUUACAUCCACGUCCGACGCUUCAGGGACGAGUUUCAUUACUGCAGAGUCUCUAAAUCACACCAGUUAUUAUAUUUACUGUCGUCACGUUAUGAGCCAGCAGGAACUGAAUCUGAAUUAUUUGUAUUUGAAUUUGAAUUGCUUAACUUGAAUGAUUCCAUUAAAAAAACUGAAUCUGAAUUGUAAUUUGAACUUGAAUUUAUUAGUUUGGAACUGAACAUUCAGUUCUCACAAUCCAGAUUCAGUUUUAGUAUUUUGAUAUUUGGUCAAAUAUGAGGGGAAAAAAUCAAAAUUCCAACUUUAGUCAAAAUUAUGAGAUAUUAAUUCAAAUAUGAGGAAAAAUAUCUCGUAAUUUUGACUUUUUUUCUCAUAUUUGACUAAAUAUUUUAUAAUUUUGACUAAAUAAUCUGGACAAAUUUCCAGAAUAUUUAAUCAAAAUGACAAGAUAUUUAGUCAAAAUUAUGAGAUAAAAGUCAGAAUUCCAACUUAUUUAGUCAAAAUUAUGAAAUAUUUAGUCAAAUAUGAGAAAAAAAAGUCAAAAUUCCAACUUUAGUAUUUUUACUGCAGUAAAUGACCUGAAUUCUUUUCCCACCACUGUAUUUUAAUAACAGAAACAUUUAAAAGUGUCAGAAUUCUCCUGAUAUUGUUUGUUUGUUUCAACCUGUUAACUCUAAUAAAUAUAAUAUAUCAUAUAAUAUGAGGUGAUAAAAUGGUUGUUUAGUGUGUGAAGUGAUGAAACUCGUCUCUUCUUAUUAAAACCUUUCAUGCCUUCUUUCUUCGUUAUCAUCAUCAGCUCAAACACAUUCAACAAUUCAAUGUGAAAACUCUGAAAGUGCAUUUAUUAUUAUUAUUAUCCUGAAUGAAAACGUUCUGUUUGUAAACGAUUCCUCCAUGUUUUUGACUUUAGUUGGUAUUAAACAUUAAACACUAAAGUGAUUAAA